GUUCAUUGAUAAAAUGAGGAUAAAAGUGUAAGUGCACUGUUAUAAAAUGGGAAAAAAGGCUUUACUGUCAUAGUUUUUAUAGCGUUAGCAAAAAUACUAGCUAACGUUGAGCUUCCUGUCUGACAAGCUAACAUCUCUACAGAAACACAUUCAAGUUUGUGCAAUGAAGAGGACCAAAGCAAAAGAAAGCAACAAAACUGAGAAGGAGUUUGUGUUGGAGUUCAAGGCAGGGAAACACAACUGCCUCCUCAAAGUGCCUCUGCAGUUCCCUGUUGAAGAGAACAUCAAUGACCUCCAUGGACGUCUGAUGCUGCUUCAUAAAAUACCUUGCUACAUAGAAAAUGACCUGAAAGUGUCUUUGUCGGACUUUAUUGAGAAGGAGACCAUCUUAGAUUACGACAGGGAGGCCGAGGCGGCCCUACAGAGACUCACAUCGGGCCAUGUAGACAUUAACCAGCUCGCCAAUGCGUGGACCAGAUCCUACGUGGAGACCACGCUGGAGCACGCUCGACCCGAAGAGCCCAGUUGGGAUGAGGACUUUGCCGACGUUUACCACGAGCUGAUCCACUCCCCUGCCUCGGAAACACUUCUCAACCUGGAGCACAACUACUUUGUUCGCAUAUCCGAGCUCAUCAGCGAGAGAGAUAUGGAGAUCAAGAAGAUACAAGAGAGGCAAGCUGCAGAGAUGAACAAAGUGAUGCACGAGUUGGGAAACACGCUGAGUGACCAUGAUGUGAACGCAGUGGCGUCGCAGCACUUUGAUGCACAACAGGUGCUGGAGAACAAGUGGGCCAAUGAAUUAAAACAAGUGACUUGUAUUCAAAAGCAAGAAUAUCAGGAGUGGGUCAUUAAACUGCACCAGGACCUGCGGAAAUCCAGCAACAGCAGCAAAAUUAAUGAGGAGAUUAAAAUGCAGCCCAGCCAACUGUCGGAGCCUUCUGAAUCAGGUGGCAGGAUGUUUGAGGAGCAGCCCCAACUGGAAGAGAGCUUCACUAUUCAUCUAGGAGCCCAGUUGAAGACAAUGCAUAACCUGCGACUGGUCCGGGCUGAUGUGUUGGACUUUUGUAAGCACAGACAUCACGGCAGCGGCGGAGCAAAGCUGCGGCGCCUACAAACGGCCCUUUCGCUCUAUUCAUCUUCACUUUGUGGUCUGGUUCUGUUGGUUGACAACAGAGUCAACUCCUUCAGUGGCAUAAAGAGAGAUUUUGCAACGGUGGCAAAGGAGUGCACAGACUUCCACUUUCCUGCUGUGGAGCAACAGCUGGAGGAGGUGCAGCAGGUGGUGCUCUAUGCUCGAGCGCAGCGGAGCAGCAAGCAAAAAGAACAACCCGAAAUCCCAAAGAAUGGAAGCGAUGACAAAAGUAAAAAUGUAGAAAGAAAUCCGUCAAAUAUAUCACCAGGCGAGUUCUACGUCUCGCGGCAUUCCAACCUGUCCGAGGUCCAAGUUGUCUUCCACCUGUGCGUGGACGACAACGUGCGUUCAGGGAACAUCACGGCCAGGGACCCGGCCAUCAUGGGCCUGAGAAACAUUCUGAAAGUCUGCUGCACUCAUGAUGUCACCACCAUCACUGUUCCGCUGCUGCUGGUGCACGACAUGUCAGAGGAGAUGACCAUACCCUGGUGUUUGAAGAGAGCUGAGCUGGUGUUCAAAUGUGUGAAAGGUUUCAUGAUGGAGAUGGCGUCGUGGGAUGGAGGCAUAUCACGCACUGUGCAGUUCCUUGUGCCAAAGAGUAUUUCAGAGGAAAUGUUCUACCAGCUGAGCAACAUGCUGCCGCAGAUCUUCCGCGUCUCGUCCACACUAACGCUCACGUCAAAGCCCUGAUGGGUAUUUGCUCCCCACUACAAACUGUACUCAAGGUGCAUCCAGUGAGCUUAAUGUCUUGAUAUGUUUAUUGUUUAGUUUUUUAUUGAGAAUGAAAAACAAUUAUCACCUACAUUGAGGAUGUAUUAAUCCUGCUUGUGAGUGUUGUCUGUAGAGCUGCAUAUGGUACUGAAAGACGACUGAAUGCCAAAGCAGCUGUUGUAAUUAUCUCAAACCUCCUGGGUGCAGCUUCACUCACAUACUUUUAUGACAUCAGCAACCAACCAAUUGAUGUACUUCGGUUCAUUUCCUCAAAGCUGCCUAUCUGUAGCUUCCUGCUUGUUUUGAGCCGUGCUAUAAUGCUGCAUUCAAUGCCGUGGUAAUUCAUCCCACUGCAAAGCAGUGUAAAUAUUAUCACUCUGCAAAUAAGAGAACAGUGCAACCUUCAAAGUUGAAACCGGUUUAGGACGCCGGUCAAAAAAUAUAAUACAAAACUAUUGUUUCUUUAGCAAAUAAUAUAAGUUAAUACUCAUUAUACUUCUUGUGGUCUAGAUAAGGGGUGGCCAUUACGUCGAUCGCGAGCUACCGGUCGACCAUUGAGGGUGUGUCAGUCGAUCGCCAGUCACGCAUUGAAAAAAUAGACCUAAAAAUUAGCGAUCCUCAAUCUUCACUAAGAUGUCAAUUUUGUCACUUGAUUGACAUUCAUGGUACCCAAGGGUCUUGUGAGAUGACACUGGCUGCUGCGAGAUCAUUAUUAAGAAAAAAUGACCGACAGGAAGGCGAGAAACACUUUUUAAUUUCAACAGACUCUCGCGCCGUACCUGCUGUCAAAACUCCAAAGACCAACUGCACAGUUCCUGUCUUCACAAUAAAAAGCCCUGCUUCAUCCUGCCUGCACUAACAAAAUAAGAGUCUCAGAAAGCUGCCGUGCACAAGCUAGCAAACUACGGAGUUUGCCGCCAAUGUAUUUCGUGUAAAGUGUUUAAAAACGAGUAUGGAAGCUGGACAAAUAAGAUGGCAAAAACCAACCACUUGUGGUGUUGGACAGAAAGGAGGACUUUUUUUCUCCUCCAUAUGAAAAUGUGGACAUUAUCAUCACUACUGUCUGAUUCCAAUCAGUGCAAGUCAUCAGAAUCAGGUAAUACACCAACUUAUAUUCUUGUCUUCAUGAAAGAAAGGAAUCUAUAUGUGUUAAACAUGCUUGUAUUACCAUUAAACACCUUUAACUUCUUAACAAAAUGUCUCUUUUAUAAAUAAAUAAAUAUAAAUUAUAUAUAUGAAUGAGGUAGAUCCCCUCGACUUGGUCAAUUGAAAAGUAGCUCGUCUGCAGAAAAAGUGUGGGCACCCCUGGUCUAGAUCAGUGGUUCUCAAAUGGGGGUACGUGUACUCCUGGGGGUACUUAAAGGUAUGCCAAGGGGUAUGUGAGAUUUUUUUUAAAUGUCUGUCAAAAAGAACUGUGAAAAGAAAUGCAACAAUAUUUAGUGUUGACAGCUAGAUUUUUUGUGGACAUGUUCCAUAAAUAUUAAUGUUAAAGAUUUAUUUUUUUGUGAAGAAAUGUUUAGAAUUAAGUUCAUGAAUCCAG